AUGACGCAAAUGAGCCCAGACGCGGUUCCCUCCCGCCACCCUCUCGCCGCCGACCCGCUGCCGGCGCUCCGCCGCCUCCGGGCCGCCGCGCCGCGCGUCUUCGGGCAGCUCCACGCGCUGCUCCUCACCUCCGGCCUCGCGCUCCACUCCCCCAACUUCGCCCUCCUCCUCCGCCUCGCCUCUUCCUCCGUCCCCUCCCUCUCCCACCGCCUCCAGCUCCUCCUCUGCUCCCCGCUGCCGCCCACCGCUUUCCUCGCCAAUUCCCUCCUCCUCGCGCACCUCCCUUCCGCGCUCCCCCUCUACUCCCUCCUCUUCCUCGCCUCUCCCCCGCUCCUCCGCCCCAACGAGUUCACCUAUCCGGCCCUCCUCCGCGCCUCCCCGCCCCGCACCGCGCUCGCGCUCGCCACCCAUUCGCUUAAAUUCCUCGGCGCUGGGGCCGCCUCCCGCGACCGCGUCCUCGGCGCCGCGCUGCUCGACGCCUUCGCCCGCUGCGGUAGGAUCGCGUCCUGCCGCCGGGUGUUCGACAGGAUCGUCCAGCCGGACCUGCCGGCCUGGAAUGCGCUGCUCACGGCCUACGCGCGCCGGGCUAGGGGUUCGUGCUGCGCCCGCGAGGCGGCGGAGGUUCUUGAGCUGUUUGCGCGCAUGGUCUCAUCGACGGUCCCACCAAACGAGAUCACGCUCGUCGCCGUCAUUGGCGCAUGCGGGGAGCUCGGCGCUCUCGGGCACGGCCUGUGGGCGCACGCGUAUGCUCUCAGGCGCAGGCUGACCGUGAACUGUUACGUGGCCACCGCGCUUGUAGAGAUGUACACCAGGUGCGGGAAAAUGGACCUGGCUGAGCAGGUGUUCGCUGGCGUUACGGACAUGGACACACGCUGCUACAAUGCCAUGCUCCAGGGCUUGGCAUUCCAUGGGCAUGGCCGAGCUGCCCUCGCCUUGUUUGACAGGAUGUGUGCUGAGGGCUUCUCGGUUGAUAGCGUCACAGUGCUGGCGGUGAUGUGCGCGUGCGCCCACGCUGGGUUGAUAGAUGAAGGGCGGUGGCUCUUCGACAGAAUGGAGAUGCAGUUUGGGGUCACACCCAGGAUCGAGCAUUAUGGAUGCAUGGUUGACAUACUGGGCCGAGCUGGUCAGCUUGAUGUUGCCGAGAAGCUUAUCCGAGGGAUGGACUUUCCACCGAACACCGCAAUGUACAGGUCUUUGAUACGGGCAUGUGGGAUUCAUGGCAAGCUAGAACUUGGGGAAAGGACGAUCAAAGAGCUGAUGAGGCUCGAGCCAGAGCACAGUGGAAACUAUGUCCUGCUGUCCAACUUCUAUGCGAGAAUGAGACUAUGGGAGGAUGCAAAGAAGGUGAGGAAGGAGAUGAAGGCCAUGGGCAUUGACAAGAGCCCCGGGUCAAGCGUCCUUGACAUCGAUGGUGUUCUCCAUGAGUUCUUGAUGGGUGACAAGACACACCCUGCCUCAAGGGAGAUAUACGCCAUGGUUCAAGAGAUCGAGGUCAGAUUAAAGGAAUGUGGGUACCGGCCGAGCACCACGGCUAUGCUGUUCAACGUCGAGGAGGAGGACAAGGUAGAUGCUCUGUCCUACCACAGCGAGAGGCUCGCCAUUGCCUUCGCCCUGAUCGCCUCCUCUCCAGGUGCGCCCAUCAGGAUCAUCAAGAACCUCCGGGUGUGCAGUGAUUGUCACGAGAGCACGAAGUUCGUCUCCCAGGUGUAUGGAAGGGAGAUCAUCAUGAGGGACCGCACCCGGUUCCAUCACUUCAGAGAUGGCCAUUGCUCAUGUGGAGAUUUCUGGUGACUGGUCAUUAGCUGUUUGCCAUGUGCAUAAGAAUGUGCUGUAGAUUCGUGUUCCACUUCUGUGUCCUACUCCAGACUGGACGAUGGACGGUGUCGUGAACACGAAGCAGCCGGAACCAGCGGUCGGCGACGGCGUUGAAGUCUGCAAAGAACCCUCAAGAACCAAGAGUAGCCCCGGAAGAACAAGGAUGGAUCAAAAUUCAACUUAUGUGCUGAAAAUCAGUUUGCUUGGCAACCCAAAAAAGGCUAGAAAGGAUAUCAAAUGCUUCUGUUUUGAUAAGGUUAUUGAUUCCGACUUAACAAAUUAUAAGGACUUGGUUGAAUCAAUCGUAGAGCAGUACUCGCCUCGUUAUCUGGAAGUUGCACAUGUUCAGUACUAUGAUGAUUUUCUUAAAAUCUACCCUGAAGUAACAUCUGACCAAGAAUUGAUGUUGAUGUUUGAGAAACACUCUAAGACAAAGGUUGUGCACAUGUUUGUUGCAUAUUGUGAUCCAUCGGAACCAUAUGAGCCUAUAACGGAGUGGCAUAGUGAUGCGCAUAGCCAACCUAACAACAUAGAACAAGAUGAUGAUGAUUAUCUUCGCAACCCAGUACCUGAGAAUGAGCAUGUUGGUGUUGAUGAGGAAAAUAUUUAUUUAGAGGAUGAACCUGUACCUCUUAUCAUGGUUCCUUGUUCCAAUAAAGAAAAGGACAAAGACUAUGUUCCUGAUCAUGAGAGCGAGGCUGAGAGCGAGGUUGAGAGCGAGGAUGGGAGCGAGGAUGAGAGCAUGUCAGAGGUUGAAGUAGAUGAAGAUGAGGAAUAUCACGAGGCAGAUCAUGCACCACACAUUGAAUAUAAUAAAUUAGAUCCUCCAAUGAACGAAGGAAGAAAAUAUCCCAAUAUGGCAGAGUUUAAAUUGGCGCUUUCUCAACAUGCAAUCAAACAUGAAUUUGAGUUCGACACCGAAAAGAGUGCACCACAUAGGUUCAGAGCUUAUUGUUCAAGAAGGGAUGAAGAUAAGUGUCCAUGGAGGAUAUAUGCUUCUACAAUGGAAGAUGAGUGCACAGUAAUGGUGAGAAAGAACCCUUGUGGUCAUGAUUGCUCUAGUACAAAAAGAAAAAAAAAGUUGAAGAAUGCAAACAAGCGGUGGAUAUAUGAGCACGUGAAGGACUGGCUAAUUGAGGAUGCAACUCUAGGACCAAAGGCAUUGCGAAAGAAGCUGAAAGAGCAUCAUGGAAUCGACAUCAACUCUAAGAGAGUCUAUAUGGGUAAGUUGCUAGCCUUGAAGGAAAGGUGUUUGAUGACCACCUUUGGGCUGCUGCUUACUCAUGGAACCCAUAUAUAUUUGAAAAAAAUUGGGCUGCAAUGGACCUAGCAAAGCCAACGGCAACUGCAUAUCUUAGGAGGUGGCACACUAGGUUGUGGUCUAGGAGUCAGUUCUCAACAAUUUCCAAGGUGGAUUAUGUUACAAACAACUUGGCUGAGUGCUUCAAUAAUUGGAUUAAGCAUCACAAGUCCUUGAACUUGGACGACUUCUUUGAUAAGGUUAGGCAGAUGAUUAUGAUCAUGUGGAACCGAAGGAGGAAAGUAGCAAGGAAGUUGGUUGGGUUGAUUCUUCCCCACAUAAUUAAGAAGUUGAAUGCAAAGACUAGAGAAUUAAACUUGGAGGUGGUAGAAAGCUCAGAAGAAGUCGCUGAAGUGACAGCAUUGGGAGGCAGCGGCUUUAGGUUUGUGGUCAACUUGCUUGACAGGACAUGUUCUUGUAGACAAUGGCAAGUUUCUGGCCUUCCUUGCAAGCAUGGUCUAGCAUUUAUCACAUCUCUUAUCAAUGCACACAUACAGAAUUAUGUGGACUUGUAUUACUCCAUUGACAAAUUUAGAGCAGCCUAUGAGCAACUAAUUCCUGCCAUGGUUGACAAGAACCAAUGGCCUAAAUCUGACCAUGGAUUCUUCAUGUUUCCACCGCUACUAAAAUCCACGGCGGGUAGGCAUAAAACUGAGAGGUAUAAAGGCUGCAGUGAGAAGAAAAGAAAAGGCGGCCAACACUUAUGCCCUAUUUGUAAGGACUAUGGGCAUCAUUGGCAUAAAUGCAAGAAGGGUAACCCAGAUGACAUUGCUGCUAUUUUAGCUGUGAGAGGACCACCAAAGAAGAGGGCAAAGACCACCAAAGCAUCAAUUGUGCCUUGCGAGGAUGAUGCUCCAGCAGCCUCUAUGUGCUUUCCGCCAAGCCAAAGCUUGGAACCUACAACUACGAAAAAGAGAAAACAUGAUAACUCAAUUACUGGAGCAUCAAAAAGCCAAAUGUUGGAGAAAACAACUAAGGAAAAAGGGAAAGGGAGUAAAUCUGGAUCCGGAGUAGCAAAAAGAUCAACAACUCAGCCCAUUUGUGUGGCCAACAAGAAAGCAUCUGUUGCUUUGAAAUUACAUGCCAAAAGAAAAAGCAAAGAGGUUGCUGAUAAGUUGCCACACCUUCCCAUGGUGCCACAUGACAGCCCUGCAAUGGGCACACGAAGCAAAAAAAUGAAUCCUUCCAGCCCUGCAAUGAGCACACGAAGCAAAAGGAGACUUAGCUUGUGAUUCUCAUUGGAUCCCUUUCUAUAUCAUGAUUCAUUUUGGAAACUUUUGAGCUGUCUAUGUAAUCUAUAUGUGAACUUGGGCUUUUGUACGUGCUAUAUGUGACCUUCAUGUGUUGUAUUUGACAUGAUGUGAACCUGGACUAUUAUAUGUGAACUCUAUGUGAACCUGAAUGUGUGUAGAGGACUAAAUA